GAGAGAAGCAGCGUCUCGGUGAGUGGAAGUCGGGAGGAUCUGCAUCCAACCCAAACCGGCCGCAUCAACCUCCGCCAGCGAAGACCGGCCAGCCGGCGGCCGUAGUCGGGAGACGCCGGCGCGGCUUCAACCUCAGCGCGCGUGCCUUAACCUACCCAAGCGCCGCCUCGCGCCAUGCGCGCCUCGGUCACCGAGAUCAGCGCCUUCACGGCCGCGGCCGCGCAUGUGCUCUGCUUCGCCGGCCUCGCUGUCGCCCACUCACUCGCUGGCCCCGGCGCUCCCGUCUCCGACCCUGCGCGCGCCCUCCGCCUCCUUGUGGUCUGUGAAGCGCCCGUGGUCAUCGCAGUGUUCAGCUACCUCCGGCGUGACCCCAAAAGCUGCUCGUUUUUCAAGGCCGCUGCAAGAGGAUUGAUCGGCUUGCCUGUGGGAGCGUUCUUUAAUGCGUUUGGAGCAAUUGUUCUUGGUGCACCUGUUGGAAUCAAGUACUGGAUGGUUACUAUUUAUUGGUCACUUCUCAUGUCCCUGUUCACCUUUGUUCCUGCAGCAUGUGUCUUUGGAGUGUCCAAGAUUGAUUGGCAGACUGUGCUUUGUCACUCCAUUUAUUUCACGCCAACUGAUGUUGAGAACUACAUGAUCUCUGCACCUUGUCAUGGAGCUGUGCUAGGAGCAUGGCUCGGUGCUUGGCCUAUGCCCCUUGACUGGGAGAGACCUUGGCAGGAAUGGCCAAUCUGUGUCACUUAUGGGGCAGUCGCUGGGCAUUUGGUUGGAAUGGCAGUGUCACCGGUCCUAAUAGCUGUUCACAAGAGAAGGGUCCGUGCAAAAGCUGACUAGCCUGCGGAUGAUGAGUGCUGCCAUACUUUUUUUUUUAUCUCUCUUAUUUCCUGGUUGGAUACGACUAAUCCAGAUUCCUGUAGUGUACGACUGUUCUUCCCACGAAGCAAUGUAUUUUUUUUAUUAGCUUUCUUGUUAUAGUGUGAGUACCGAUGGCUUUCAAUAGCUUCAUCGAGUUUCGCAUUGUUAGCUCCUUCAGCUAGCCCUUUUUGCUGCUGUACAUUAUUUUCAUGAUUGUAAUGAUAACAGUUGGUGUUAGCUUUUUCUAUAGAGAA